ACAUACGGAAAUAGAAAGUCCAAAGAAGCUCAGUAUUGAUGACAAGCCCAAUCUGUACUUGUGAAUUAACUUCAGACGUUUGAACUUUGCUCACUACGUUCUGCCGUCAUCAGGGUCAGGCAGGCAGAUGAGAUGUAUACCUUACAAACCCAGACAGGGUAACAGAUCCCAGACAGGUGCAGCAGCAGUGUUGUUAGCAGACAGGAGAGCAGAUCAUCCAGGAUGGCGAGAGGAAGACGAGGUAGAGGUAACAACAUUCAGCAGCAGCAGCAGCAGCAGGCUUCACAUGGACAGAGGGGAGGCCACCGCAGGGUAAGUCAUACUAUCACUGUCAAAUGUUGCAACCAAGUUUAUUCUCACGCUGCAAAUAAUGACCCUUUGUUAACUUUGGUUGUCCUGAAUGUUUGUUUUGAAACUACACUGAGUUAAGAGGCUUGAAAUGAGCGGACAGUUAAAAGGGUUAAGAUUUACGAGUUGCCAUACAGGUUUUUUACUUUCGUCUAGGAGUGGAGAGUUACAUGAUGCAACCACAAAUCACGUCUUUUAUAAAUUACUACUAUUCCAAAAAUUCUCAUAGAUUGAACACUUAUUGUAAGAAUAGCUGUAUGGCCUAAGAGAAAAAUUUCAAAGAAGCUCAUGAAUAAACUAAAAACAGAUAAUAAUGUAAAAAGUCCUGAUCACUUUGUACUAAAUUGCACAAUCUUUGGAUCAAAACAUUGGGCAUUUGUGCAGAUCCAGGGUUCAAAGUAUGUCUUACAUCAGAGCAGAUAAAGGUGUGUGCAUGCAUCCACACACCACACAAAGUCCAUUACAUAUUCAGUCUUCAGAGUGCUGACAUUAUUUACAUCUGUACUGAAGAUAUUAUCAGAGCUUAUCAGGUUUUGACGAUAGCUGUACCAGAUGUAAUCUAAGGAGGAGUAUACACUUCAAACCUACAACACAAACAUUACUGCUGCAGCGCUUCAGUAACACUGUUGCUUUAAGUUGUCCUCCUGCGCUGGUUUGUUCAUACAUGUUAGCAUGUUUUAAAAGUUAUAUGACACCUAGUUCACCCCUUUACCCCCAGGUGUUCAAACAUGUGCAGGUUAGAGAAACUGGAAACUUUAAAAUUGCUCUGAAGAGUACCUUUUUAUUAAAGUAUCCAUGUUGGUAUGUAGCUACGGUUUAUUAGUUUGUAUGUCUCCCAGCACCAAAUGCACCUUAUACAGGAUAAAAUGUUAAAGAAACUGAUGAACUGAGAGAGAAAAAUACAUCUGAUCAGGUUAAACAUGCUAUUUCUCCUCUGCUCUCUCUGCAUUCAGGCUCUAAGGGAGCCAGCUGCUUAUGCCAAGUCUACCGGCUAUGAAACAGAGGUCCUGCAUGAAAAGCUGACCAUUACACAAGCCAGGAGGGGAACACCAGGUAAAAUUAAUUCACUGUUGAUGUGAAACCAAACAUAUCUAUUUAGUACCAGCUAGUGUCAACAGAAAAAAGGUAAUACUCUCUUGAGUCUGUUUCUAUCAGCUGUUAUCAGCUGUAAAGAGGGAUUAGGGAAAACUGUAAAACUGCUUCACUGUUUAUUAUUUGGGCGAUUACAGGGCUGGUACUAUCUCUUUUACAGGAAUGUGUCAUGCCACUUCAAUUCAGCAGCAAAAUACAAACCUUAUCAGAUAUAUUUCCUCCGCCUCAAGACUUUCUUUCAGUUCAUCUCCAUAAAUAAAAGCACAAAGGAAAUAAAGUUUGAAAACGUCAUGUUGGUAUUCAAAAACAUGCCCUCUUAUUUCUUAUCUUGCAGCUAAUCGCCCAGUGCGAGUCUACGCAGAUGGCAUCUUUGAUCUUUUUCAUUCGGGCCAUGCUCGAGCUCUGAUGCAGGCCAAGAAUGUGUUUCCCAACACACACCUGAUAGUGGGAGGUAAGGAGUGGAUCCAACUCCCUCUCUUUAGGCAGAGAUAAAAUAUGGAACAGUUUGAACACAGUGACUCAAAAUGAAGACUGACCUGAACGUUCGCAUUAAAAGAUUGGUAAAAGGCAAAUUCAGCCCUCAUAUUAAUUUGAUUAUUAAAAAAACAAAAAUGCUAAAUUGGGAGUAGUUGUAGAUACUAACUGGCAUUUCCAAUGAAUUUUUUGUUUAUUCCUUACUGAUUCCUUUCUGUCAAUAUGUCCUCAGUCUGCAGCGAUGAGCUCACCCACAAGUUUAAAGGCUACACAGUGAUGACAGAAGAUGAACGCUACGACGCCUUAACCCACUGCCGUUAUGUCGAUGAGGUGGUGCGAGAUGCUCCUUGGACGCUCACCACAGAGUUCCUCAAGAAACACAAGGUCAAAGGUCACACAGUUACCAGAGACACAGCCAGACUUUCAGAUAUGGGGUGAUACAUCGGUCUGAACUCUAAUGUGACUCUCACAGAUUGACUUUGUGGCCCACGAUGACAUCCCUUACACUUCUGCUGGAUCACAGGAUGUAUACAAACACAUCAAAGAAGCAGGUAGAGAUGAUCAAAUCAAGUAAACAUGUGUCAAUAGGAAAUGGAGGUCUGUGAUUUCUUUUAUUAUAAUUAUUUAUUUUAAUUUUAGGGAUGUUUGUGGCCACCCAGAGGACAGAAGGCAUCUCCACAUCUGAUCUGAUCACUCGGAUUGUUCGAGACUAUGACAUCUACGUUCGACGCAAUCUGCAACGGGGCUACACAGCCCAGGAACUUAACGUUGGAUUUAUCAACGUCAGUAGCACUAUCUUUGAUUUAUGUUCAAAGAAAAGAAAAGAAUUACAAACAAACAGAACACUGAUUUUUCUGAAUCAAACUACACACAUACAAAUGUUCCAGUCUUACUCUGUCUUUUCCCUUCAGGAGAAGAAGUACCGGCUUCAGAACCAAGUGGACAAAAUGAAAGAGACGGUCCGUACAGUGGAGGAGAAAUCCAAACACUUUGUCUACAGAGUGGAGGAGAAGAGCCAUGAUCUCAUCCACAAGUGGGAGGAAAAGUCACGAGAGUUCAUCGGAAACUUUCUGGAGCUCUUUGGACCCGAUGGAGCCUGGGCAAGUUUAUAAUUAGACUUACAGUCAUCCAUCUAUUACACUUAUUCUUCUAACACACACAUGGCUUGAUAAGGUUGGAUAUAUUAUCACGAGGAGUCAGUGGUCUGAAAAUAUUUGGAUAAAGUAUCAGUCAUAGUUACGUUAGCUGUUUCUCUGAGUUCCAGUCUCAGUGCUAAACUGGGCUGACUGAACUAAAAAAGAUGAUUUAUCAAAAAUAAGCCAGUAAUUUAAAAAAAAAAAGAUUUGUCAUUUUGUACUUUGGUGGUAAACAUUAGAUUCUGUAAACUUAGUUUGAAUGAAACAGCAUGUGUCUCUCUUUAGCAGCAUUAGCUUUUAUGGAACAAGUUCAAUUUAUUUUGAGUUUCUGAUAAAACAGCACCAAGCUAUAACAAAUGUUGCAGAAAAAGAUCACACACUGAUUUAUGGCUUUUACAGAAGACAGUUCCUGGUUUGGUUGAUCGCCUACAGGGCACUGGUGUAUGUUGAGAUCUUGAUAAGGAGGGGGCUGAGGAGUUAGUUUCAAAUCUCUGUAGGUGUUUCUCACAGUCAUAACUCAGUCAAAUCUCAACACAGCACAGCUUUUGUUACAUGGGAACAGUGAUGUAUGAUAGAUGACAAAAUAACAGAUGAUUCAUAUCUAAUAAUUUGUCGACCUGUCUGUCAAAAAUGUGACUUUUUUUGUGUAGAUUGAUAGCUAGAUUUAUAGCUGGAACAUUUGUCUCGGAAACUGAAAUUCCAAGGACCGCCUCUGACUUGUGACUCCAACCUUUUUGCUUUAAGAAUUAAAACCAUCACAUUUGUCGUGUUUUCACAGAAAGAACUGCUCACUAUUUAGUGAGCAAAGGGUAAAGUGAGAAAUUACUAUCAACAAACAGAUUGUAGAUAUUAUCAUAAAACAACUCCAUGCUCUAACAUGUAGCUGAAGACUUAUUUUGUCAUUUUGAAAAGCAAGGUUACCAUUUCUUUUUAAGCAGAUUCAGUGUGAUUCUGUAAAGCAGGAUAUCUCACAGUGAAAUGAUUGAGCUGUUUGUAUUACAGAGGACAGUUAUCUUUGUGCAGUACCUUCUUUCUUUCUAGUCAACUACUAUUUUGAAAAACUUGGCAACUAGUGAAAAUUAGUAGUAGUGAAUCCUCUAAGAUACAAUAACACUAUGCUUCAUUUUUUCUUUUGUGUGUGUGUUUAGCAUGCCAUCCAGGAGCGUAGUGGCCGUGUGCUCCAGGCGCUGUCACCCUACUCGUCCCCCCGUGGUUCUCCAAGCAGCAGUCCCACCAGAAUACGUUCACUGUCUCCUGACUCCUCUCCUACCUUAGCCUCAGCUUCUGCUACAAACUCCUCGUCCCCUUCCUCUCUCUCCCCUCCACUCUCUCCGGCUCCUCGCUCCACCCGUAGGAAGAGGACACGGGCACCUCGUAAAGCAGCCUCUACAUACAAUUGAUCACAUUGAUCAUCUUGAUUUAAUUUAAUACAGGCAUGAGUCUUGUACAUACAAUGUGAAAGCAGGCCUAUGAUCCAACUGAACAAAGGUUAAGAACUCUAAUGCAGGGUCAGACAAGUUAAAGUGUAAUAAAAGUGUACACUAUGUACCUUUACUGAAAGGAUAAGAUGUCAGCAAUUGAGUAUUAAUAAUAUAUUUAUCAAUAAAGUGGUACAAUAAUGAUACUAAAAUUUCUCAGAA